GGGCCGACGAUGACCGAAAGAUCGACACAUGCCACAGGACCAGCGUUCGUGAGCUCACGUACCAUCCUCAGUAACUUCACGUCUUCGCCAAUUCUUCCCCGACAAGCCCAUCCUUUCUCCAUCACCUACACGUCUAAGGUACAGAGCUCGACAUACACCGUACACGUGCCAAUGGCGGCCGGCAAGCGAGCGCUGUCUGGCCUUCAGAGAGAAGUCCUCUCGCUGUAUCGGCAAUGCCUCCGAGACAUUCGCACCAAGCCAGAGGCUACCCAACCUCACUUUCGGUCGUUUGCCCGGUCCGAGUUUGACAAGCACAUCGCCAUCGACAAACGCGACUUCGGCGCCAUCGAAUUCUUGCUGCGAAAAGGACGCCGUCAGGUCGAGGUGUAUGCGGCCCCGGGUAUCAAAGACAUCCGAUGAGACGAACGACUGCCCAUGCGCCUGCUUCCCAUACGGCAAUACGGUGCACUGUUUCGCAAGCCGGAACAUUGUCGAAGGACUCAACCCAUGCUUCAGGGGUCCGUCCCCGUUCGCCGGAGCAAGAAGUCGCUUCAAGUACAAAUCAUCCCGUCCAUCCCACCAUCAGUCGAAUCACAUUGCUCUCCGGCGCCCCUCCUGAUACGGCGCACUAAGGGGGCGUUAUCGGCUUGCCUGCCAGUGGGCAAGCGGUGAUCCUUUUCUACGCCGAUUUUUCCUCCCUCGUUUGCUGAAGAGGCCGUUUGAACGUCAAGCAGAGGGAUUUGUAGAUGCAUCUGGGAAGACUCACCUGGGGUUAACUCGAAACAACCCCCUUUGACUUUGUGUAUUAUACAGAAAAAAUACAAUGUAUCAAAAAAGCACCAGUGGAUGCGAGUCCAACG